AUGGUGAUCGUGCCUAGAGACACAUACAUUGCAAAUGCUGCAAUGCUUACUUCGAGCAGGCUUCAAACAAUGACUGGAAUGCAUAGUUUGUGGAAUACCCCGAUCCUUGACCAGAUGGCGGGAACAAAUACAACUUCGGAGCCGACCAGCAGCACAAGGAAGAAUAUCUACAGCCCCAUGAGAUGGUUUUCAUACAUUAAAUAA